AUGAUGCUUUUAAGAAAAGAAAGUGACCUCAGGCACCGAGAAACUGAAAAAGAAAAAAACGGUUCAUUAAUAUUAAAAUUAAAGUGGAAGAAAAACGGUGUCUAUAAUAAAGCUAACUUAACAUCAUUGUUUUCUAAGUACGGUGAACUAUCAUUUGUUGUGGUUCUGAAAAAUUCUGUGGCUUUUGUGAUGUACAAAUCUAAGACUACUGCCGUAAGUGAUUUUAAAUUAAAUUAA